AUGGCACCAAAUUACGGGAACUCGGAAGACAAUGUCACAAAAAUUCAAGGGCCAGCAGUGAAAAUCACAGUCGGGGCCUCAAAGGAACCUUUCCACGUCCACGAAUCAGUACUCUGUACUUCUUCUCGCUUUUUCAAUGCCGCCAUGUCAGGCUCGUGGAAGGAAUCCAAGGAGUACACCAUUGAACUCCCCGAAGAUGACCCCGCGGCAUUUUCUAUCUAUUCGCACUGGCUUUACUUUGCGAAAAUCCCAGGAAUCCUUCAUGCGGCAAAAAAGGGGGAAUCGGCAAAAAGGUCUGCCCAGGAGUACUAUGAUCUCGUGAGUGCAUAUGUGCUCGGUGACAAGUUGCUCGACACCCAGUUUCAAAAUUCGGUCAUCGAUGCAAUCCUCGAUACAUGCUCUAAAGCUGAUUCGAAGGAUGGAAAGGUGUACUUUCCUGACGCAAAUGCUGUCAGUCAUGCAUACAACAAUACGACCAAGUCCUCUAAAAUCCGCGAGAUUCUUGUCGAACUAUAUCUGCACUCUGCAGAAGCCCGAUGGUUAUCCGAAGAACAUCCGAAGGAAUUUCUUUUCUCAAUUGCGGAAGGUUUUGCGGAGAGAAGAAAACUCCGUAGCGUCAAGUCACUCAUAAGAUACGGAUAUUAUGUGAAUUCGGAAGCGGUGAGGCAAAGUUUGAAGCGAAAGCUCUCUGACUAA